GACUGGCACCGUGACAGUUUAUUUUGCAUAGUUAUUGUGAAUGUUUAUUACUUAUUAUUAUAUUCAAAAUAAAAUUCCCCUCAUAUGCAGUGUGGUGUCACCAGGCACGCAUACACACAAAUAUCAGAAUCCGUUUAUUAUCCCGAAGGAAAUUGUAAAUAAAAUAUGUUUCUGAUUAAUUUCUAUGAUUGUUUUUUUUUUUUUAUCACCAAGUCAAGACAAUUUGGUUAGUCCCUGUGAAUGACUGUGCUCAAUUAUUUAAAAGCCCUGAAACUGUUGUGAAGUAUGAGGCAAUGAGCGUUUUUCCCCCUGUGAGGAUGAUAACCAGGUGGCCAUGUUGUGAGUUCAGAGUCGACAUUAUAGCGUUUGUGGGCAGGUGUGUUACCUGUGGCUCCUCCAGGAAGGAAGCAGCUCUCUCCUGCUGCUGCUGCUACAGCUGAACGACGCGCACAAUGAUGAAACACACGACGGAGCAGGUCGUGAAGUAGCCUAUCCGCCUCGCACGGACUCACUAUUUGUGUUUGUUUGUUUAUUUGUUUGUUUGUUGACGAGCUUUCGGGGCUGCCCUCGCUUUUGUUCCAGGUGGCGGACGCGCGGAAGUGCCCCCCUGACAAUAAAAGAGGUGCGUCUUGUUUCCACUCCAGCGGACUGACUGCGCACGGCGUUCACCGCCGCCGGGGCUGAGGGGCGCUGACGCAUUGUGGAGUCGACAGGGGGGAGUCGCACUGCAAAGCCCGGCUUCGCAACACAACGGAGGCAUCUCUCGGCGGAAGCGCGAUGGCCGUGGUGCAGCUCGACACGGAGGACCACCAACCGGAGAACGGCUUCGUGUCCCCCGACACCACGUCGCCGGGGCUGCUGACACGCAUCGACGGCGCCGUGCUGCCGUUUCUCGGGGGCUUUGGGAAGUACCAGAAACAGCUGAUCGUGCUGACAUGGAUCCCGGCGUUAUUCAUCGGAUUCAGCCAGUUCUCUGACAAUUUCCUCCUCGCCCAGCCGAACAGCACAUGCGUCCAGCCUUUGGCCAACAAUGCGACUAAUAAUCGGACCGCGGGGUUCUCCUCGCUGCUGUCGGACAGCUCACGGAACGGCAGCGCGCGGGCAGCUCACGUUUAUGCCAACGGGAGUCACGGUGGCUACAAUGACAGCAGUGGCAGCAGCAGUGGCAGCAGCAGCACCAGCAGCACGCAGUGUAACUGCAGCGAGUGGACGUUCGAGCUGCACACGGGACUGGUGCAGAACGUGGUUACCAAGUGGAGUCUGGUGUGCGACUCAGCGUGGAAAGUCCACAUCGCAAAGUUCUCUCUGUUGGUUGGAUCAAUAUUUGGGUACCUGGUGUUCGGAAUCCUCGCAGACUGGUUUGGCCGCCACCCAGUGCUGAUCAUAUCAGUGCUGUUCAUGCUGGUGUUUGGUCUGACUGUGGCCUUCUCUGUCAACCUCCCCAUGUUCAGCACUCUGCGUUUCUUUGAGGGCUUCUGCCUCGCGGGGAUCACGCUCUCGCUCUACGUCCUCAGGAUUGAGCUGUGCCUGCCAGGAUGGCGUUUCUCCAUGACCAUGGUGGCCAGCUUUGUGGUGUUGGGUGGUCAGCUGCUGAUGCCUGGGGUGGCGUAUCUCUGCGGCGACUGGCAGGUACUUCAAGCCGUUAUCAUCUGCCCCCUGUUGCUGAUGCUGUCCUACAUCUGGAUCUUCCCUGAGUCACUGCGUUGGUUGCUGGCCACGCAGCAGUACUGCCGCUCAAAGUGGAUCAUGGGACACAUAGCGACUAAAAACAGGGUGAACGUGGAGCUCGACACAGACAACAUCCUCACAGAACUGCAGAGAGCUCUUCAAAAGAAACCCAAAAAGACAUGCAUCGUGAAAAUGGUCGGGACUCGAAACCUGUGGAAGAACAUCGUUGUGCUCUGCGUUAACUCGCUAACAGGCUAUGGGAUUCACCACUGCUUCGCUCGCAGCAUGAUGGACCCCGAGGCCGAGGAAACCACCAUGUUCCACAACUUCUAUGCAGACUAUUACACCAUGGCCGGCAUAGCAGUGGCGUCCUGCAUGGCUCUGUGUCCGGCCGUGGGCCUGAUGGGCCGGCGUGGCGGCCUCCUGAUGUUCAUGAUCAUCACUGCCCUGGCAUCGCUGCUGCAGCUGGGCCUGCUCAAUUUGCUGGGGAAGUACAGUGGCCACCUGAAUAUAGAUAGCUCGGGUACACUGAAUAAGAACUUCUCCAUUGCCUUCUCCAUCAUCGGCAUGUUCUCCUCCCAUGCAGUCAGCAACCUGAGCAUCUUCUUUUGUGCCGAGAUCACGCCCACUGUGAUCAGGGGUGGUGGCCUGGGCCUGGUCCUGGCCAGCGCUGGGUUUGGCAUGCUCACUGCACCCAUAAUGGAGCUGCACAAUCAGAAGGGCUAUUUCCUUCACCACAUUAUAUUUGCCUGCUGCACUCUCAUCUGCAUCAUCUGCAUUCUUCUGCUGCCAGAGACGCGCUACCAGCCCCUCCCUGAGACCCUGGCUGACGGCGAGUGCUACUCUCGACAACCUCUCCUUCCCCCGAGGAAACCGGGCGAACAGCGCCUCCUGCUGGCUCAGUCCGAGAGCAGCAGGGACUACACGAGGGUGCAUGACACACCACUCCACGAGGCAGCAGCCACCGCAGUGUCCACCAUGGACUCCACUGCCUCCUCGGCGGUGGAUUUGACCGCUCCGUCGGUGGGAGACAUGUCCGCCCCCACGUUCAUGGAGGUACACGCCGGCAGGCCUGAGCUCAAAGACCCCCACAGCCAGUCAGUGUCGUCUUUAUCCCCAAUCUCCCUCACAGCAGUGGGUAGAGACAACAUCAUAUGUGCCAGCAAAGAGCACCUGCUGUCUUCCACUCCUCUACACAAAGCGCCGUGCAUCACAGACCCGCUCCUCACGGGCGCUGAAGAACCUCCAGCAAUAGUCCAGGAUCCUCUGGAGCCCGCGAAAGAUUCCGCCCUUCUUGAAAUCAAUGACGCCGGUCACUCUUCUUCAACGGAAUCCGUCGCUUCAACUCCUCCUGUCCCCGAAACUGCGCCCACCUCCUUAAUGGUCACGCCUAUCAUCGAGCCGCCACCGAGCUCCACGCUGGAAUCCCCGAACCCUGUAUUCAGUGACAUUGACACCAUCUCCAUGGAAUUUGACCCGACGUUGCCAGAGGACACUCGUGUCACUUUAGCUCCCACUACUACUUCUACUCCCCGCGACUCCCCUACUCCAUCUAUGCAUGACAGCCUGCCUCCAUCCCCUGCUCCCUCUCCAGUCCCUGUGACAGACUGCAACAUUUCCACUGACCCUCCACCUUCCAUUAGCGCACACUCUGACACCCCCGUCCAGUUAAAAAUAGGAGAUGAAUCUCCAUCUCCUCCUCCUUCACCUAGAGACUCUCCCACACCCGUUGUUAUAGACUCCCAGCCGUCAGAGUUGGAGUCCGCUCCCCCCCCUGUUAAUGAUAUAUCUCCUCGUCCUCCUUCUCCCCCUAGCCAAAUCACCGUCUCCCCUUCAGCCACUCCGCCGCCACCCCCACCACCACCACCACCCAUUGACUCAGACCAUUCACCCUCAGAGAACUCUCCCACUCCCCCCCUCAUAGAUACUGUCAACACCACUGCACUGUCUGCUACCAUCCUCCCCAUCACAGACAUUGUGCAUAGCCCCACUCCGGAAUCAGCCACGCUGACCGCUACAGACACUGUACCAGGUUCAGCCGCCUCCCUCGUCCUGGACACGGCGCCAUCUUCCAUCACAGAUUCAGCCUCGACAGAAGCGACCCCCUCCUCCCUAAUGGACUACACCGUCUCCUCCCCCAUAGACUCUGGUGUCCUCCCCAUCAGGGACAGUGCCAGCAUAGAGAACAGCAUUGCCAACAGCGUGGCUUUGUCGUGAUGUGGAGCCGCAGCCAGGAGAAGAAGCUUUACGGCAGCCCGCGUUCCAACAAAUUGCCAGAGGGAAGGGAGAGGGGGCAAGAACUAUCCUGCUCACACUUCAGAUAUGUAACGAAGACUGUCACCACCUGGAGUUGAGUAAAUAUGUGUUACUCGAUUGUUGUAUGUUUCUCAAUGACCCCCUCCCCCCCCCCCCCCCCCUUUUUCCUGCAUUUAGCUAAUAAAUGAGCCCACCAAGUGAGAGAGUGCCAGAGGCUGGUUUGUGACAACGUGACAGUAUCUUCUGCUCCUGUUUUGAACGUCACUGGAAUUCACCAGCCUAUAAAACUAUUUUGUUGUAACUGAACGUGAGAUUUACAGUUUUGCCAUUUUAAAAAAAGAGACUCACAACCAUACCUACAAUCACUGAGAUGUGAACAAAAACAAACACAUCUAAUCACAGGUACUUUUUGCUCACGUAUCAUGUCUGUCUUAAAGAAUAAAAUCGCUUUACCUGUGUGGGCUAGAAAACCUGAAUGUUCUAUAGAGAAGAAAAAAAACAAAAAAACCAUCCGAAUUGGGAGUGAUUUUCUUUUUUUUUUUAAGUUCUAAAGACGAUGCCAAAAAACUACUCUGACCAAAAUUAAAUGUAGACACAGUGCUAAAACAUUUGUAUUGACACAGUAUUUUUGAGGAAUACCGUGUAGCGGCCCCCUGCCAUUGAAUGUAUGUGGAUUCAAGUGAUUUAGACGAGGCUUCUUUCAAAAUUUAGAAAUACUAAUGAAGAAUUAAAUUCAUUCUGACAAUUGAGAGAUUAAUUAAUUAAUUGUACUAAAACUGCUUUCAUAAAUGCGUAGUUCACAUUUUAUGGAAAGUGAUAUUAGGCGGAGAAAAAUUACCCAUAUUUUGUCGGUAUGAAGAAACUUAUUUUUCCAGUCGCUUGAGUCGAUAAAAAAUCUAUGGUAUGCAAAUGCUUUUCUUUUGUAAAUGUGAUAUUGUAAGUAAAUGCAUAAUUAGUUGUUGAGCUUGAUUGAUCUUUUUUUUUUUUUUUUUCUUCAUCUCAAAAGUAUUAUUUUUGAAUCUCCCAUCAGCGCGUCCUUAUCGUACGAGGCUGUGCUUCAAUUCUAACAGUAUUUGUGGCAUCUUCCAUAUUUUGCAGUAAGGGGACAAAGCAUGACAUUUUUUUUGUUGUGAAAAACAAACGAGCAAACCGUAACGAAAAAAAACAAGAGAAAAAAAAAAAAAACAAGACACAAAAGCUAUUUUUUUGAAAUGAAACCCAUGGAUGGCAACUGUCACGUCACUAACCUUCAGUGUGUUUUCCAAAUCGUGCUCUGGAAUCAAAGUACUGUACGUCGGUGUCUUCACGCGCAACCCGAGUUUACCAUAAAGAAAAUGCAAUAUUUCAUACAUUUAUCGUCAUCACAGGUCAAAUCCUUAUUUACAGCUAAACUUGUUAGUGAUUGUGACGCGGCAGAGUCGUUCUCAAGGAGGCACUUUGGCGACACUGAGGUGCGUGUCGACGUAUACUUGACUUAACUGCAGCGUGUGUGUAACUUGACAGCUGUGGUUACGUGCUUCAUACAAUGCAGGUUGUGAGAAAGAUGUGCGAUUAUGGAUAGACUACUGUUUACAACAAUCUUCAUCAUAAUAAUAAUAAUAAUGAUAAUAAGUAAUAAUGCUACUUACACUGUACUGUAAAACAUCAGAGCCAACUAAAUGAUGUCUCAUCAUUUCAAAUGUAAUAUCUGACAGUAUAACAUACGUAUCAUCUUACAUUUACUGUAUUGAUGAUCUAUUAAAAUGUCAUUCAGGAGAUAAAGACAACAUUUAACUGGAUUAAACGGGACAUUUUCUGUUAUUUUCUCCUCCUGGGUUCAAUGAAGUACAACUUCACAGGUACUUUUAUUCACCAAAAUUUGAUUUUUAUCCAAGUUGGAGAUGCACUGACAAAGCUACUUGUCUUUUGGUAUAUGAAUGACUUGACUGACCUGGCUGUGUUUUUCUUUCUUUUUUUCUUUUUUCUUUGUUGUGUUUUUUGUUUUUUUUUACUGAAAUUAAGUUUGAAUCAAAGUAUGACAGCUUGUUUCAGGGUGAUCCUUUAAUUAAUUUAUCCUCAAAUCAACUAGCUUCCUUUUUAAGUGGAUUCAUUUAAAGGAAUAUUUGAAUGUCCGAUGUAUGUAUGCUAUGCUGCUAAGCCUCAAAGCACAAUGCCCUGAAAUCAUGUGAUAACUGGUUUGGUGGCGCUUGACAUCUUAACAGUGAAAAAGGGAAAUUGGAUUGGGAUUUUUACUCGUUUAAUUACAACUUUUGCAGUAGAGCCAUGUGUGAUGUACUUUGUGGGGACGGGGAGAGGAGCCUGGAUUUUUAUUGAGGAAUUCUUGGCACCUGCAGUGGAGACUGGGUUGACUUCAUUGGUCAGUAGCUUCGCGUUUCCCCCCGACCUCCCGUUGUCUGUGAGUGUCGUUUCUCUCUGUCUCCGAGUGUGCGUAUUGCAGAUAUUGAACUAUGUGUGUCCCCGAAACUCCACGCGGCACCAGUGUGAAGACAAUGACUCAUCAAAACAAAACACAGGCAGAACCGUCGCUUCCAUUUUAACAACUCCCAUGCGGCUCUUUCACCGUGACCAAAGGAGUUAUUUCAUGCUCUUCGUAAGCAUUUGGUUUCAAUUUGGAAUGAAAUGACAAUAAAAUUCAUUAAAAGCAAUGUUAGCAUAAGUGAUAGAGACAGACACUGAGAGAAAAUGGGUUCUAUCUUUUGUAAAUAGCAAAUGUGUGGAAACACCUAGGUUUGAUGACUUAAAAGCUCCUAGAUGGUAGUUAUGGAUGGAAAAAUAUGGUAUGGAUUUUCAAGUUGACGUGAAGUCCCCAGUGUACACAUUUCAGGUUUUGAUUCUCUCGACCUUUGCGACUCAGAAUCUCCUGACGGGAGAUUUGAAUGAAUGUAAAAAAACCAUCGAUUGUACCAUUUAUAUCAUUUCCAACUGUUUAGUUUCAUUGUCAUUGUUUUUUUUUUUGUUUUUAACAGACAUAAUGCACUUGUAUAUAAGCCAUACUAGUUGUUAAAAUAAACCACUAUUUAUUGAUCAACGGUGAA